AUAUGAAUCGUGUUUGUUCGAAGUACGGCCAAGCAGACGACAAAGCAGCGCGACGUGAAAAAAGCUAAAUCUUUCUGCUGUUGUUAUAUUCUUUAAUGUUUAUUUGGUCUGCACCGCUUUAAUUAUGUCUCUGUUUGUUCGUCGUAAAGUGUUCUUCAAUAACAAAAGUUUUCUGGAGUUUGUGCCCUUGUCCACAUUUCCUAACACUACAUGUGUCAAAUCGUCAAAUGAACCUCCACCAAAUCCAGCUGAUGUGAAACAUGAUGUUAUAGGGCCUCCAAAUAAAACGUCCAAUUUGCGUCCAGUCCUAUUCUAUAUUCCACCUAAUGAAACUCAACUUGAGCAAGAUUUCAGAAUUGAACGCGAGAAAGUACAGAAAUGGAACGAAGAUUUCUGGAUUAAGCAUAAUUCUGCAUUUUUAAAGGAAAGUAACGAUUUUCGUCAAAAGAAAUUGGAGACACUUCCGCGUGAUGAAAAGACUGGCUUGAGUGCUGAAGAAAUGUCAGAGUUUUACAAAGCAUUCUUAGACAAGAAUUGGAAAACUCAUUUUUCAUAUAACUUUCAGUGGUAUGGAAAGAACUUUAACCUUCUAUAUUUAGCUUUGAAAGUACAAAUUUCAAAAUUAAGAGGUAGCUCAUGAGGAGACUACUAACAUAGUUAAAUAUGAUUCCAAGUACCUGGCACAUUCACUCAUUUUAAAACACUAUGUAUUGGGUGUAUUGUAAAAUAAUUGUUAAAAUAAAAGUAAUGAAAAUAUCUGCAAAUUAA